AUGCCAUCAUCAUAUAUAAUUAUUGGCGGAAAUGGUUUUUUGGGUCGUCAUGUCCAAGAGCAGAUCAGACUGCGCAAUGAUAACUCAACAAUUGCUGUAUUUGACAUUGCCAUGCCAGCACAGCCUGAAAAGGAUGUAAAAUAUAUUGUCGGUGACUUGCGCAAGUACGAGGAUGUCCUUGCUGCACUUGAUGGAAUCGAUGCUGUAAUCCACACUGCAUCCCCUCCUCAUGUCAACUCAAGUAAUCCUCCUCGAGAUCUCUACUUUUCCAUCAAUGUUGAUGGUACCAAAAAUAUCAUUCGUGCUUGUCAAGAAAAGGGUAUCCAAGUAUUGGUAGUAACCAGCUCUGGCAGUGUUAUUUCUACUGGUGAACCCAUGGUAAAUGUGGACGAAAGUGCCCCAUACCCACCCCAGGCAAUUGAUGUAUAUACCGAGUCCAAGAUUGAGUGUGAAAAGGUAGUUUUGGCUGCCAAUGGUAUUGAAGGUAUUCGCACUUGUACAAUCCGCCCCUCAGCCAUCUUUGGUCCUGGUGACCGUCAGCUUAUCCCAGGCAUGGUCGAGGUCUGCCAAAAGGGCCAACACCGUUUCCAGAUUGGCGACAACACUUCUAUGAUGGACUUCACCUAUGUGGGAAAUGUAGCCUAUGCCCAUGUAUUGGCGGCAGAAAAACUCAGUGAUCCAAAUUCUCCUGCUGCCGGACAAGCAUUUAACUUGACCAAUGGUACUCCUGUGCCUUUCUGGGAUUUUGCUUCCAAGGUCUGGGAAGUUUAUGGCAUGCACAUGCCCAAGUCCAAGAAGAUCAUUCUUUCGUACAAUGCCAGCAUGGUAAUUGCUGCAAUUAGCGAGACAAUAUAUGAAAUAAAAGCUCUAUUCUGGGACAAGAGUGAACUCAAGGAAGGUAUGUCUCGGUCCCGCAUCAAGCAAGCCAUGAGCUCGCGUUAUUUCGAUAUCACAAAGGCAAAGACUUUGCUUGGCUAUGAGCCUCAGAUUGGAUUGGAUGAAGGAAUUAGAUUGGGCGUCAAGUGGUACAAGGAGAACAACGAGAAGAAAUAGAUUGCAUGUAUUUUUUUUUAUUAAACGCGUCCUCUAAAAAUUCCAUCCGCCCGUGAGACCUUCUGGUUCUCUUGUUUCUACUUCUUCUUGAAUUUGCAUCUGCACGUAGGCUAGCUUAUCUACCAAUGUUUUCAUUGCCAUUGCUACCACCUCUUCAGGUGCUAAUGAUCCAACCGUCUAUUACAAUAAUAAGUAAAUAAAUAUGUACACUAGUACCAUAUUC